GUGGGUCUUUAGCCAAGACGCUGGGCUAUCCCCCUUCUGCUGGCUGAGAGACCUCUGCUAGCCCCCCGCCCCGACUCCGUGCCUCAGUCACUUAGGAAAGGGUUGGAUUAGCUAUUUCUGGAAAUGGAAUGCACCCUCAGGCUGGAGUUAGCAAUAAUAAUGUUAAUACCUGUAUAGCAUUAAGGGCUGUGUAUCGAGGGCGGUGACUGGCACCUUCUAACCACUUAUCACGGCUCACUCACUGUUUUGACAUUCAAGAUUCGCAGGCAAGCCUUACAACUACCUAACAAGGUAAGUCCCCUUUUGUAGACGGGAAUACUGAUGCCCAGAAAGGUUACGUCAUUCGCCUAACAUCACAAGCAAGCAAAGGGCGGAACUGGGAUCCCAACCCAGGUCUGUAUGACUUCAUGGUCGGUUUUUUCUUAUUCCCAGUGAGGGCUCUAACCUGCGGGGAAAGUGCAUUUGGGACUCAUUAGCCCUAAUCAGGACUAAUUAAGAGACUCCUUUAAGCGGGGAAGCCACCUAAGUACAAGACGUCACGAAAGAACACGGUGACAACAGCCAAAGCGGGCGUGGGAACCCAACCACGCUCCCGCGAGCAGCGGUUUAACGGCUCCGCCCCCUGACCCGCCUCACUUCCGCUUUUUAUUUGCAUAUUCAACGAUCGGACGUCAAGCGUCAGCGUCGACGCGGUGACAUCAGGGGGCGCCCCUGCAGUGCCCCCUCCCCGAGCGUACGCACGUACGCACGCACGCACGGAGACGAACGGGCGGGGGAGGAGGGAGAGAUCGGAGGCGCCCCGCCCAGUCCGCAAGGUUGCGCGUGCCCCGUGCGACCGCCAAGAUGGUGGUAGGCGCGUUCCCUAUGGCGAAGCUGCUAUACCUGGGAAUUCGGCAGGUCAGCAAGCCGCUUGCCAACCGCAUUAAGGAGGCCGCCCGCCGAAGCGAGUUCUUCAAGACCUAUAUCUGCCUCCCGCCCGCUCAGCUGUACCACUGGGUGGAGAUGCGGACCAAGAUGCGCAUCAUGGGCUUCCGGGGCACGGUCAUCAAGCCGCUGAAUGAGGACGCGGCCGCCGAGCUGGGCGCCGAGCUGCUGGGUGAGGCCACCAUCUUCAUCGUGGGCGGCGGCUGCCUGGUGCUGGAGUACUGGCGCCACCAGGCGCACCAGCGUCACAAGGAGGAGGAGCAGCAGGCCGCCUGGGACGCGAUGCGGGACGAAGUGGGCCGCCUGGCCCUGGCGCUGGAGACCCUGCAGGCACAGGCGCAGGCACAGACGCAGGCCGCGCCUGCGCAGAGCGCGCUGGAGGAGCUGCAGGCGCAGAUGCGAGAGGUGCGCGCCCAGCUCUGCGCCCGGGAUGCGCCCCAAGCAGCAUCCGUGCCCCAGGUGGUAUCCGCGUCCAAGGCAGUGUCCGCAUCCAAGGGUCAGGAGUCUGCCGAAGUCUGAACUUGGACGUGGUUGUGUGUGCUGUGAUGUGGCCUUCUCCCCACACUAUCCCUGCCUGUGCUGGCCCAGCGGAAACCACCGGGAUCUUGAUGGAACUUGGAUUCGGUCAUCCCCUACUGAUCAGUGGUACCUUCCGCCGGGACCGGCCCCCAGCAGGUGAAGCUCCAACAAGGCUUCCUCCAGCUCGUGGGUACAGUCCACAGCGCUCAUCACUGCACCCCCACCCCAAACCACACAGACCUAUGGGGUCCCAGCCUGGACAACGGGCUGAGUCUUCUGGCAGGAGAAAAAAGGGACCCCCGACUUGAGCCGAAUCAAGCUGUUUCCUCCCCACCCUCCCAUCCCCCCACUUACCUGAUAAGUGUCACCUUUCCCCGGGACUCUCAUCCUUUUCACCGGAACACCCCCUUCCCCUCGUCAACAGGUACAGGCCACUAUAAAGAAAUGCUGUGUCUUUCAGUGACUUUCUGUCCCCCUCAUCUAAGGUGGGUUCCAGCUGGGCAUCACCACUCUCUCUGAGGGGAAGAAAAGGCGGAUCUUGGCUUGCAGUCGAUCCACUGAAUGUUAUACGCCCUCCCCCUAACCUGAUCUGUGGUGCCCUACCAAGACCCCAAGUGGAAUAUUCCAACAGAUUCCCCCCAGCCCGCAAGCCUAGUCCACGGCGCAGCCCGCCCGGAUGACUGCAGGGCCUUCAGUGGCAGUGCUCUCCCAAAACCCCUUCCGUGGCGGAAAAGUCGACCCCGCCUCUGGCCAAUCCAACUUCAGCCUGUGGACCUGCCUUCAGGGCCCACGAGCCUUUCCUGCCGUCCUUCCCCACCUUCCGCUCUGUGUUCUUCAGUCGCCUGUCAGAGGCCUGCCAACCAUGGGCUAGAUGAUCACAUUCCUCGGCUUCCAUCCAAAUCUGGGGACCUGGGUGCCCUUGCCCUUCUCCUCUGGGGCUCCGGGCUGGCCCACCAGCCCCCCUUCAUGCAGUAGUACCCCCGGGCCUUCAUUGCCUCCCGUCCCACCUCCAUCCCACUGGUCUAGGCCACCAGUUGGUCUUAACCUUUAUUCGUUUCCUGGGGCUAGCAUACCCAGUGACCACAGACUUGAUUUGCCAUCUCACGGUUCUGGAGGCGCCAGAGAUCCGAAAUCAAAGUGUCAGCGGGGCCACACCCGUCCGAAGGCGCUACGGGAGGAUCUUCCCUUGCCUCUUCUAACUUUUGGUGACUUCAGGCAUUCCUUGGCUUGUGGCCGCAGAUCUCCAGUCUCUGCGCUCUCUUUGCGUGGCCUUUGUUUCCUCCUCUGUGUCUGGUAAAGACACCUGUCAUUGGAUUCAGGGCCCGCCCUAAAUCUAGGAUGACUUCACUUCAGGAUCCUUAACUUAUUUACAGAGGUGGGGGUUUUUUUCCCCCCAGAUAUGCUCGCAGUCACACAUCCCAUGGUUUACUAUGUGGACAUGUCUCUGGGGGAGUCAGCAUUCGGCCCGCUACACCUCCCCACCCCAAGAGAGCGCUGGGACUCUUGCCAGCCCCACAGGACGUUUGGCCUUCCCCACAAGAGUGAUCGGAACAGUCCAGGAACCGUCCUUUACUACCUGGUGUCUCUUCCAGGAAUCUCCCUGAUGUGGGAGGGGCGUGGGUCCCACCAGUCCACCAGUCUGCCUUCUGCGCUUCAGACUGUAGACGUUGUCUGGAAUAAUCUUCAGGGUGUGUCUGAGAACACAGGGACCUCCAAAAUGAGUACAACGAGACGCGUUAGGAUUAGAGAAGCUGACGUGCGUGCGUGGGCAGUCAUCCUGUGAUCCCUUUCCCAGACUGGAACCCUGAGGCCCAGGAGAAGCAAGGGGACUGGCCCAAGUCCCCAAAGUCCAAGGCGGUGAAGUAGUAAGAGCAGAGUGGGGGCACGGGGUGCACAGGGAAGGGAAUGGAGGGGGCUGCAGGAUGCUUGAGGGUACUGAUGCCAGAGGAGGAAGAGAGAGGGGCAGGAAGGCAGUGACUGAGGAGGGGUGUUGGUUAGGGCUCUACACAGAGGCCCAAAGCAUUUCCCAGAGGAGGUGUUGAGGGUCGGGGGGCCCUCAGUUCCUAGCCACAGUGGCCCCAGAGCACACCUGAAAUCUUAGCAUUUAAUGAAUGGGAUUAGAUCCAAGAUCCAUCUUACUUGGGCCCGGUUCCCAGAAGCCGUAGGUGAAGGGGGAGGGGCCGGCUUCCUCUCACCUUUGUCCUCCCUCACCUCGCUUCCAGGGGGCCAGGGACCAGAGUGGGGGCCCGGAGGGUGAUCUGCCCAGGUAGAAAACCAAGAAACAUGGGUUCUGAAGCAUCAUCUUAAUUCUUUCUAGAAGAGGGGGAGAAGCGGAUGUGGAGGGUGUCCUGGGUGGAGGUGUCUUUAAAAUUGGAAGUGGCCUUGGGCUCCUGGGUGGCUCAGUCCGUUGAGCAUCCCGACUCUUGGUCCCGGUUCAGGUCAUGAUCUCGUGGUUCGUGGGUUCAAGCCCCGAACUGGAAUUCUCUCUCUCCCUCUCUUGUCUUUUCCCCUUCCCUGCUCGUGCUCGCUCGCUCUUUCUCAAAUAAAUAAACCAAUCAAAAAAUCAUAAAAUUGGAAAUGACCCGAGUGGAUAAAGGAGGAGAAGAUGGAGAGAGAGACCACUGUCUGCAGGGGUGAUGGGCAGAGCUGGGUGAGCAGCCUCAGUGCCUGGUUUCCAUGGCUACUCCCGGGGGUCCACUCUGGCACUGACCCACCUCUGGAGCACAGGCUGCCGGAGGCAGGGACCGCGAUGCUCCUCACCCCCCCACACACCCAUUAUGUCAAUAGAUAAGUGGCUACUAACAGUAUUUUUUUUUCAUUUCAUUCAUGAGGACAUUGAGGCACAGAAAGGGGGAGUCACCUGCCCAAGAUCACGCAGGCAGGGAAGAAGCAACAUGGGACCUGGAGAGGGGCAGUCUCCACCACAGCCCAAGCUCCUAACCCCUGCCCAAUCUUGACCCUGACGUGGCAUUGCUGUCACAGCUCUGUGACUCAGCACUCAGCCCCGCAUGUCCUUCCAUGUGGCCAGUCCUUGUGGGAGGCAGUGGCUUCACCCACUGUGUGAGUGUUGGGGGGCGGGUAGGAUCAGGGUGUGUGGAAAUGCAAGGAGUCCCCUCUCAAAGUGCACGAGGCGGAGGCUGGAGGAUUUGGUCAUCAUUCCGGUUUCCUACUAGCUAAACUUUUGUGUACCUUUGCGACUUGGGGAGAGGGGUAGAAUAAAUAUGCAAAUGAG